AUGCCUUUGAUCAAAGAAGACAACUCCACGCUGGAGCCAAUUGCAAUUGUUGGAAUGGCUUGUCGCCUACCGGGCGACAUUGAUGGCGCUUCCAAGUUCUGGGACAUGCUCAUAGAACAAAGAUCAGUUCGCACACCACGUGUGCCCAGCAAUCGAUUCAAUAUUGAUGCCCACUUUCAUCCCGACCUUGCUCGCCCUGGCUCUUUCACAGCCUUAGGUGGCUAUUUUCUUGACGGCAACCUUGAAGAUUUCGACUGUACCUUCUUCAACAUCACUCCGGUUGAGGCCCAAUGGCUUGACCCACAGCAACGGAAGAUGCUGGAAGUGUGCUAUGAGUGUUUUGAGAACGCCGGUCUUCGGCUGGACCAGGUGGCUGGUUCUAACACGGCAGUCUAUGCUGCUACAUUUACUAGCGACUACCAGCAAAUGUCGAUCUUCGACCGUGAUUUUCGACACAACUACGCAGCAACUGGUGUUGAUGUUGGUAUCAUCAGCAACAGAAUCAACAAUGCAUUCAACCUGAACGGACCAAGCUUCACAAUUAACACUGCCUGCUCAUCCUCAGUAUACGCUAUCCAUAGCGCCUGCCAUUCUCUGCGCUCGCGCGACUGCGAAGCUGCACUCGUUGGUGGUGUCAACCUGAUACUUAUCGUUGAUCAGCAUAUGAAUACGGCGAAGCUAGGUGUACUUUCGCCAACAUCCGAGUGUCACACAUUCGACGAGUCUGCAGAUGGAUACGGACGUGCUGAAGGAGUGGGCGCCAUCUACCUCAAGCGUCUUUCAGAUGCCAUUCGGGACAGAGAUGUCAUCCGCGGAGUCAUAAGAUCAUCCGCCGUCAACACAAAUGGGAAGGUCGAAGGCAUGGGAAUUACAUUUCCCAAUGUUUUGGGACAGGAACGAGUUUUGCGCCACGCCUACGAAAGAGCAAAUCUUGACCCAAACAGAACAGCAUAUCUUGAGUGCCAUGGUACAGGUACCCCAUCAGGUGAUCCUAUUGAAGUCCGAGCAGUCGCCAAUGGAAUGAAUGACAGCCGAAGCCUGGAGAAGCCACUUAUACUUGGGGCAGUCAAAUCGAACAUCGGGCAUUCUGAAGCUGCUUCCGGUAUAUUCGCUACAAUGAAGGUCGCACUUUCCACAGAGAAAUCAAAAAUUCCAGGCGUCCAUGGUUUCCGUAAAUUGAAUCCUAAUAUUAAGGAUAAAGAAUGGAACAUCAAAAUUGCCACAGAGCUUAUGGAAUGGCCGGAGGGAUUCGAUGAGCGCAGAGGUAGCGUAAGCUCUUUUGGAUACGGCGGGACCAACGCGCAUCUAGUCAUCGAGUCAAUCGAAACGCUAUGCCCGUGGUACGAACAUGGUCAUCCAAAAGUGUCUGCUAAAUACAGUUACGACCUCGGAGACCGGCCAUUUUUGAUCACCAUGAGUGCUCACGAUAGGAAGACACUGACAAACAAUAUCCGCAGCCAUCAGCCCAUUGCCGGUGAAUAUCACCUACCCGACCUCGCGUAUACCUUAAAUUGUCGGAGAAGUCGCUUUGCUGAGAGAGGUUAUACCAUAGCCUUCCCGGGGCGAGAGCCCGAGUCAUUUGAACUUGACAGCUUCAGGUUCGGCUCGGUAGCAAGCGACCCAUCCAAGGUUGGCUUCGUAUUUACCGGACAAGGCGCACAAUGGGCCCGUAUGGGCUAUGAAGCAAUGCAAUUCUUCCCGCAAUUUGCCGAGACCAUCGAGUCCCUUGACAGGGUGCUGCUCCGUGCUAGCCCAAGGCCAACCUGGAGCCUCAAAGCCUUGCUUUCUUGUCCUGAAGAAUCCAGCAAUGUGGGUGAGGCUGAGAUCUCUCAACCUGCCUGUACGGCCAUCCAAAUUGCCAUUGUGGAUCUUUUUGCGGCUUGGGGGAUUGAUCCAGCUGUAACAAUAGGACACAGCAGUGGCGAGAUCGCUGCCGCCUAUGCUGCGGGUCGAAUUUCCGCACCUGAAGCAAUACUCGCGGCUUACUUGAGGGGGGUCGCAGUCAAGAUAGCCGCCCCAGUCGGGACAAUGCUGGCUGUCGGAUUGGGUGUAGAUGAAGUCGAGGAUUAUGUUCCCGAAGAGUUUGCAGAGGGAAUCACCGUGGCCUGUGAAAACUCCCCCAAAAGCGUCACUCUGAGUGGUGCAUUCGGAGACAUUGCUGUGAUCCAGGACAUCCUAGAAGAGACGAAAGUGUUCUACCGCGAGCUGAAAACUGGUAGAGCUUACCACUCCCCCCACAUGAAUUCCGUGGCACCUGUGUACGCCGAACUCUAUGAAAAAUCCCACAAGGCUCUGACCGCAGCAGACCUGGCUUGGCGGCGGCAGCCCGCGCCGAUGAUCUCGUCUGUAAGCGGCCAGGAACUGGAUAGUGCAGAUUUGGGAAUCUCAUACUGGUGCGACAACCUCCAAAACCGAGUUCUUUUCAACACAGCAGCCCAAUUGUUGGGGCGAGAUGACAACUACUCGGAUGUCAGUAUCAUGGUAGAGAUUGGGCCUCAUCCUGCGCUCUCUGGUCCGCUCAAACAGGUUUAUACAGAAGAAGGAUUCAAGAAGAAAGAUAACAUUGCGACGUUUGUUCGGGGCUCCGACAGUGCUGUAGCUCUCCUUCGAACGAUGGGAGAACUGUACGUUCGAGGCAUCGAUGUAGACUUUCAGUCGAUCAAUAAUAUCGGGGAGGCUCCAAGCUCACCACUCGACUUUGUUCACAGCAACAAAAAGUACAGUGCACCUCGCUAUUUACCAGACUUACCCCCGUAUCAGUGGAACUACGAGACGAAGUAUUGGCACGAGCCUCGCGAAGUACAAGAGCUGAGGAAAACAAGAUACCCCCGCCACGACAUACUUGGCCGUAGAAUCUUCGGACUAUCUCCCCAGGGAUCGACCUGGAAGAACGUUCUUCGACAGCGCGACCUGCCAUGGCUCAAGGAUCAUACUCUCGGAUCUGACGCUGUCUUUCCUGCUGCUGGAUAUGUGUGUAUGGUUAUGGAAGCUCUAAUGCAGCAGCUAGAUCUUGAUCUUGAGGCUGUGGAGAGUAUGGUGCUCAGGGGCGUGAGGAUGAACAAAGCUUUGGUCAUUCCAGAUUCUGAUGGUGGCGUUGAAACUCACACCCGCUUGCAACAGGCCGCCAAUAAUUGGUACACAUUCUCAGUCGAAUCGGUCAACCAAGAUGGGCAAUGGAAUUUGCAUGCUUCUGGUAAAAUCCGUCAAAUGAACUUUAACAUUUCUGCCAAAAGUUCAGGCAACCAGUACAACUUUGCCCAAUUACACCAGCAGGUACCAGGCAAGUCGUGGUAUAGAUCGUUUGACCGUGUAGGCUUUCAUUACGGAGCCAAUUUCCAAACCAUGGAUCAAGUUCGGUCUAAUGGCAAGGAUCGAGUUGCCGCCGCCAGUAUUCGUGUCCAGACUGAAUGCGGCUCGAUGAAAGAGGAGUCACGAUAUGCAAUCCAUCCAUCGACUAUCGACGGCUGCCUUCAUACAGUUAUCGCCGCAGUCCACCGUGGAUUGCACAAAGAAAUGCCUUGGGGUGUUGUCCCCUUGGAGAUUGAACAGAUAACCGUCAAUAUUCCAAAGGCCAGCGAUGUCAACACAUACGGAGACUGCAAGACCUGGGUUGUGAAGACCUGGGAUAGGUACUUCGAAACGAACGCUGAGCUUUUUGGCAGCAGUAGCAAUCAUAUACUUGAGAUUAAGAAUCUCAAGCUCGUUAUAUAUGACGCAGCGGUUCCGAAAACAUUGGAAACGCGAGCCAAGCAGCCCUAUCGAAGAAUAGUGUGGAAGCCUGCCCCAAGUGAGGCUAGUUCCUUACAUACCAAUGGAGAUAUCGAAAAUAGCUCAGUUGAGCUUAUUAGUGCAUCUGGGAAGUCUAAGCUCGCCGAUUACCUCGGUUCCGAGUGCAUCAGUAUCUCAGAAUACGUACUGAAGCCAUCUCAUCAGGGCCCCAUUAUAGUUGAUGAUACAGACGGCGCUAUUUUGAGUAGCCCGACCACAAAAACGUUUGGGAUUUUGAAAUCUCUGCUAGGAUCAGCGCGUCCUAUCGUCUGGCUUACAAGGGGGGUCAACGAAGGAGACUGUGUUGAGGGGGGAAUCGCACAGGCGUUUCUUCGUGUUGCCCGCUCCGAAGCAGCAGCGGCACGUAUUAUUCUUUUGGAUGCCGAUGGAAAAGUCAGCACACAUAUCGUUGCCAGCAGGCUUCAGCACUACUGCAGGGUUGCGGUACUGCUCGAACCAGAUCAAGACAACGAAUUUUGGCUCACCGAGAAUGGAGAUGUACUCGUCGCCCGCAUUGAAGUGAACAACACCCUCAAUAAUCUUCUCAAUGGUGGCGAGUCAUACAAAACCUUGCCAAUAAGUGCCAAACACCACGAAGCACUCAUUCUUGGCAACGAGGUAAUUUUUGAAGAAACGAAAAGCCCAGAGCAGGCUCUGGAUUCACUACAGGUGGAGAUACAAAUAUUAUCUACUGAGAUCAACAAGAGUGAUUUAAUCACUCAUGCGGGGGACUAUGGGCGCGUAAGACUUGUGACUGGCACAGUAUUACGUGUGGGUAAAGACGUCGACGAGAAACUUCAAGGCCAGAUGGUUCUAGCAUGCGCCAAGACCGCAUAUGCACUUCAAACCAGGGUGGUUAGCGAGACAUUCGUUUCAAUCGACUCGUCUUUUCUGCAACCAAAAAUUAUGGCAAGCCUUGCGACUUUUUACAAGGCAGUGGAUGCUCUGCGAGUGGCCGGGAUUGAAGCCGGUGACAGUGUGCUUCUGCUCCCUGGCCCGCCAGAUUUCCUCGACGCUAUCUUGGCUCUCGGAUCACAUAUUGGAUUUCAAGUGACUCGAGUGGGCGAUGAUGAAACCUGUGUUGAGCGUUUUGUCGAAUCUCAGAAAUGCCCCAAGUUCGUCAUCGCUGGUGGGCUAUCACCUCUUAUUCAAGAAAUCUGGUCUCGCCUGCCUCAAGGCUGCAACUUGGUUCUAAGUGAUGUUAAUCUCAGCGAACCUUUAGACCCUCGGCCCUUCGCCCGAGGAGUUACUCUUAACAUCUGUGGCAUGGUCAAUUUCUACGAAAACAGCUGCACUCAGGGCAUUGUUGAGUCUUUGAUCGAGACCAGAGAUAUCCUGCUCAGUCCCACCAAAGCCAUUGCGAUGCCGUCACAAUUGCCUUUGGACAUUGAGGAUCUAUCAAAUCUCGAGGAGGCCCGGGGCAAGCUGCCUAACGUAGGAUCCAACGCCGUUCAGAUCCGUUACAAUCAAAGCAGAAUCAAGUCUCGCAAACGAAGACCCCAGGUGCAGUUUGACUCAGAUGCAGCUUACAUCCUGGUUGGAUGUCUCGGUGGCCUUGGGCGAAGCUUGACAACGUGGAUGUUAGAGAAUGGCUGUAGAAAUUUUGUUUUCCUCUCCCGAUCCGGAGCCGACAAACCUGAAGCUAAGGCAGUAGUCAAACGCCUACAACAAGCAGGUGCUGAAGUUCAUAUCUUCUGCGUGGACGCCAGCCAUGAAAACGAUGUUGCCCGGGUCAUUGCCGAGGUUUCGUCCACAACACUGAUCAAAGGUGUCAUCCACGCUGCCAUGGUGCUCUGUGACAACUUACUUCACAGCAUGACAUUGGAACAAUACAGUCAAGCUCUAAAGCCAAAAAUGCAGGCCGCCGUAGCCCUUCACAACGCUCUUGGUAUGAGGGACUUAGACUUUUUCAUUAUGACGAGCAGUCUAUCGGCCGUACUUGGAAACCCAGGGCAGGCCAAUUACUGCGCUGGGAACGGCUUCUUGGAUUUCUUGGCUCUAUACCGACUCAAACGUGGUCUAGCAGCUUGUUCCAUUGCCCUCCCCAUGGUCGAGAACGUUGGGGUUGUGGCUGAGAAUGCGUCGAUUGCAGGAGCACUGACGCGCCAGAAUCCAUUUAGUAUUGACGAGCGAGAGAUGAUUUUGGCAUUUGAGGCCGCAAUCCUACAAGGACAGGAUCAGACUCGUGAUAAAAAUACAAUUGGGGACGCGCAACUGAUUCUCGGCCUGGAACCCGAGGCAGUCAUGGCGGCCAUGCAGGCGUCAGAGUCUGACAUGUCGAAUGCAUAUUGGGUUACCGACGCGCGUUUGACGCCUUUCCGCUCCGAUCUUCAGCAGCUUCUAGAGGCGAGCCAUACGUCCCCUGGAGGUGGUAGCACUUCCCAUCGUGGUACUAUGACGUCUGCCUCUUUAGUGGGCAAGUCACGGACCGAGGUACUAAACCUCGUCGGAUCACAUAUCGCUAAUCGCACGGCGCGAAUCCUAGGCAUGGAUUCAGAAAAGUUUCAGCUGGACGGUAUAUCCGUGGCCCGUCAAGGGGUGGAUUCAAUGAUCGGGGUUGAACUCCAGACAUGGCUGUUUAAGGAGUUCGAUGUCCAAGUGAGCGUGCAGGUUCUCUCUAACCCAAGUACCACAUUCAGAUCUCUUGCGAGCACGGUAGCCGAACACCUGUAUGUUGCAGCUUGAUCAUGGUAGAUGUCUCAGCCCACGGUCGCAUAUCAACUCAAUAUUAUUUAUUUUCAUGUCAAUGAAUCGUAGGGGAGGAUGGGAAAUAUAGUC